UGAAUUGUGGGAAUGGCGGCAAUGAAAAAAUGAAACGUGAAAAUUUUCUCCACAAAUAUGCAAUUGCUUAAGUAAAUACUAUGUUUGUAGCUAAAAGUAUAUCCGCGGGUCAUAAGGACCUGAUUCACGAUGUGGCUUAUGACUUCCAUGGGCGUCGUAUGGCAACCUGUUCAAGUGAUCAAUCUGUAAAGGUUUGGGAUCUUGGAGAUGAUGAGGAAUGGAAAUGCACUGCAGACUGGAAGACUCAUUAUGGUUCUGUGUGGAGAGUCACCUGGGCUCACCCAGAAUUUGGACAAGUCAUUGCCACAUGUUCAUUUGACAGAACAGCAAUAGUCUGGGAGGAAAUAGUCGGAGAAUCAAGACAAGAGCACGGACAAAGCCACUGGGUGAGACGAGGCACACUUGUAGACAGUCGCACAUCAGUCACUGACGUAAAGUUCGCUCCUAAACACCUAGGUCUACAAUUGGCAACAUGUUCCUCAGAUGGUGUUGUUAGGAUAUAUGAGGCGCCUGAUGUGAUGAAUCUGAGUGGCUGGACCCUUCAACAUGAGAUCAAUUGUAAAAUAAGCUGCAGUUGCCUGUCAUGGAAUCCUUCAAGGUUAGUGUGUUAUAAUCUCAGUUUCUUGUGA